AUGGGAAAAUCUCGGCUGAUGGUGACAUCUCUGCACCCACACAGCUCUUUUGGGAAGAUAUCUAAGGCCUCUCAUAAUCACUCCAGCUUGAGAAACAUAAGGAAUAGAUCCUCUCGCUGGUGCUCGCAGAUCCUCUCGCUGGCGCCUCCUCCUUCGCUCGUCCUCUGUUGGUACUCACAAGGUACAAGGGGUUCGCCAGCUGAUCAAGGCUUGAUGGCUACCCCGCCAGCGCAACUGAUUGAACAGGCUGUGGAUGGGAGAAUGCUGUCCCUUGUGAAAGGGCUGCUGCUCGCUGUGAUUCCAUUUCAGCACAAUGCUGUUGCCAAAUUUUUUGAAGGUUCUGUUGUGCCCCACAUCAAUACCCUUCUACCUCCCAAGGCUAUGAAGAUGACUACUGGCCUAUUUUGUGACCUGGUCUUCAAAGUGUAUAUUGCACUUGCCAGUCUCGUGCCACUGCUGUGGUGGAUGGGUGUGUCGCCAGCACACGUCAAGCAAUGGAUCAGCCAGCAGUGCUCGGCCUCGAGGGCUACACUUUCCACUCUAAGGAAUGGAGUUACGUCUCUCAUGGCGCUUGGCGCACAGCUGGGUGAUACGAGGAGGCAACUGGAGCAGAGGGAGGGGGAGUUUGCAGUGGUGAAGGAGGAGUUAACAGAAGUGAAGGGGGGGUUGACAGAAGUGAAGGGGGAGUUGACAGAAGUGAAGGGGGAGUUGACAGAAGUGAAGGGGGAGUUGACAGAAGUGAAGGGGGAGUUGACAGAAGUGAAGGGGGAGUUGACAGAAGUGAAGGGGGAGUUGACAGAAGUGAAGGGGGAGUUGACAGAAGUGAAGGGGGAGUUGACAGAAGUGAAGGGGGAGUUGACAGAAGUGAAGGGGGAGUUGACAGAAGUGAAGGGGGAGUUGACAGAAGUGAAGGGGGAGUUGACAGAAGUGAAAGGGGAGUUGACAGAAGUGAAAGGGGAGUUGACAGAAGUGAAGGGGGAGUUGACAGGAGUGAACGGGGAAUUGGCAGCGGUAAAGGGGGAGUUGGCAGCGGUAAAGGGGGAGUUGGCAGCGGUAAAGGGGGAGUUGGCAGCGGUAAAGGGGGAGUUGGCAGCGGUUAAGGGGGACUUGGCUGAACACAAAGAUCGGGCCAGGAUUCUGAGUAUGCACUUGGAAGAGACAAGGCAUGAAGUGGAAGACGCGGAGAGGAGUAGAGCAGCUGAUAUGAGAGAGAUCAGAGGGCUGUUGGAGGAGGCUGAGCGGAUGAGAGCGGCAGAGUAUAGGGAGUUGAGCGGACGGGUGGAAGUGAGGGAGAGGGAGCUGGCAGCAGCAUGCGGAGAAUUGGAGGCUGUGAAAUUCUGGCGAAGGGCUGUGGUUCAGGGCAGAAUUGAAGUGGAUGUUGAGAAGAAAGUGAGGAAGAGUGAGGGCGUCCUAAAGCAGACAUGGCAGAGAAUCCUGUCAGCAGCAGAUGAGAUGGAUCUGAACCUUGGGAGACUCUCGUGCCUCUCAGACGCCAUCCUCGCCCACGUGUCCACGAUGACCCACCUCAAGACCAUUGACCUGGACGGCUCCGCCGGCUUCACUGCAGAGGGCAUCAGCUAUCUCUUCUGCCUGCCACGGCUCGCAGAGUUAGACCUGAGGAACACAGCCGUUUCAGACGCUGCCCUGGAAGGCAUCAAGGCAGCGAGCAGUCUAGAGUACCUCUCUCUCGUCUCUACCCAUGUGUCAAACACUGGCCUGCAGCACUUGACGGCUCUUGCAACUCUCAAGAGUGUAUGGCUUGACAAGUGCAAGGGUGUGACAAAUGCUGGCAUGGUGCAUGUGGGGAGGCUGAUCGGCCUUGGUGAACUUGGUCUGGCUGGCACUGGUGUUAGUACGGAUGGGCUGCACCGCUUGACCGCGCUCACCAGCCUGCAGGUUCUGGUGUUGCCAGCGGGGGCUACAGUUGACUACGGAGGGCUGUGUGCCCAGCUAGGGAGAUGA